ACUGCUCAUAUUGCAUUUCAAAUGUAACACAGAACCGAAAACAUGCCGAAGAACAAGGGAAAGGGAGGAAAGAACAGGAAGAGAGGAAAGAACGAAGCAGAUGAUGAGAAACGUGAGCUUGUUUUCAAGGAAGAUGGUCAGGAGUAUGCCCAGGUUCUCAGAAUGUUGGGGAAUGGUCGGUGUGAGGCGACGUGCAUAGAUGGGACAAAGCGUCUAUGCCAUAUCCGGGGGAAGAUGCACAAAAAGGUUUGGAUUGCAGCUGGCGAUAUAAUACUUGUCGGUCUUCGCGACUACCAGGAUGACAAAGCUGAUGUUAUCCUCAAGUAUAUGCCCGAUGAAGCAAGGCUGUUGAAGGCAUAUGGUGAACUUCCUGAGAACACCCGUCUCAACGAGGGUAUUGCUGGAGGUAUCGAUGAUGAGGAUGAUGGCGGUGCUGAUGACUAUCUUGAGUUCGAGGAUGAAGAUAUCGACAAAAUUUAGAUUUCGAGUAACUUUUACAUUUGGAGUUCAGAGUUGUGUGGAUGGUUUGUUAUAUGGAUUUGCUCCACUGUUGUUGCACCUUGUACUCUCUGCUGGGGGAUUGGUAUUUAUUGCAUAAAAUCUUAUGUUAUAUAUAGAUAUAACUGCGUAAUUAUAUUUGCCUUCUA